AUGUGGUGCCACACCUGCAAAGCAGCUCGUUACUGCUCUCAGAAAUGUCUAAUCGCAGACUUGUCUACGCACAAACUAAUCUGCAAGACCUACAAGGAUUUCGAUCUUUCGGAACGUCCAACACACGAGCACAAGCGGGCCAUCUUGCUCGACCCUUACAAAUCCUCUCCCACUUUCAUCUGGCUACACUGUGAGUGGAGUGGCGCCACGUUCGGUGAAUUCCAGUAUGCCAAAGUCGAGUCGUAUCUGGGCGAAGACGCUUGCCCUGAACGACAGAAUAUCAAGUACAACAAGGUGUUGAAGAGAGAGGUUGAAGAGUUGAUCACUGUCUGUGUCCGCGAUACGUUCGAAAUCGACCCCUCCUUGCUUAAUAGCAGCGUUUCGAGUAUUACUGCAGGAUCAGUGGGACACAAUUUUCUCUGGAGAGGACCAAUUGUCGUGUACGGCAAAUGUGGCCUCGACCGGGAUGCCAGUCUUUGCAGAGACAUACGUAUGAGCGACUUCAAGCACGUCGUCGACUUCUUCCGCUCAUACGUCUAUAAACCAGCCGCCGUCCGAAAAGAGCCACAACAGCCCAUCACGACAGUAUACGGCGUCAGGAUCAACGAUGAUUACCACAAGAGAUUUGAAAAGCCAAGGUUCGAGAGCGUCAAGGUUUCGUCACGAGAUCCUAUCUUCAACCUUGGCGAGUCCUCAGAUAUAGCGGAGCUUAUCGGUAUUCCCACCCUAUCCCGUCUUGUCAUCGCUCGAGGAACGGUCCUGUUCGCGACUGAGUGCCCUACAGACAAUCAGUACGCACGUCAUCUUCACAGCUGCCUCCAUCCCAAAAACCAGGCGCACGAAGGCUCUGCAUGCUCAGGUUUCGGUCAUGCCCACAAAGAUUGGCAUGGGACUGUGGGCAAUGUAAUUGUCGUUCGUCAGGACAUGAAGCCGCUGUGGCCACAUCAUAUGGAGUCCAUAUGUCAUUAUGCACAUCAGGAAGUGGUGCCCAUUCUGGGCCACAAUCAGGGAAUGUAUCUGAAAGAGAAGGCUAUAACUGAAGAUCAAGCUCGCGCCAUGAUCAAUCGGCCGGCGUUUGUCAUCUACUAUCAUCAAAAGUACUUGAUCGCACAACGAGACGCCGGAGCAUCUGUCGGAGCAGAUUUCGAUGAUGCUCCGUGA